AUGCAGAACGAUAUACUUGCUCAUAUUUCAUACAAAUCAGUUCCUGAACUUCUUGAAUAUCAAGCUCAAAAUCGCCCAGAUAAAACUCAUCUUUUAUAUCCUGAUCUUACGUCAGAUCCACUUCGUUAUGCGUCGGCUACAUUUGCUCAAGUUAAUGGAAUUGCAAAUUAUUUAGCUGAUAAAUAUGCUAAACAAAUUGAUCUUUCAUCUAAUUCACAAAAAUCAAUUGUUGUUUGUUUAUUAGCCAAUACUUCAGUUAAUCAUCUUCUAACAUUCUAUGGCUUAGUUAAAUUAGGUGUUGUCGUUUUUCCAUUAUCAAUUCGUAAUUCCAAAGCAGCAUUAGAACAUCUUAUAAAAACAACCGGAGCAUCCUAUUUAGUAAUUGAAUCAGGACAAAUUCAAAUUGAACUUGAUGGAUUGAAGUUAAUUCCAUUAGAAAAUGUUGAUUGGAAUAAGAAUUAUAAUUCUUCACAACCAAUCAAUAGAACAGAAAAAGAUUCACUUGAAAAUAUUCAACUAAUCUUGCACAGUUCGGGUUCAACAGCAUUUCCAAAACCAAUUCGUCUUACAAAUCGAGGUCUUUUUUACAUUCAUCAGGUUCAAGCAAGUGCCAAUAAAGGCUUUCGGGACGAAGGUGACGUCGUUCUUACAUUAGGUGCGCUAUUCCAUGUAGCAGGAUUAUGUACAGCUGUAGGUUGUUUGAUGUCUGGAGCAACCUAUGCACUUGCUCUAUCAAAAAUCUAUCCACCAACUCCUAAACAACUUGUGGCCAAUAUUCAAGUCGAACAAAUCAAUAAAAUUUAUUCUGUACCAGUUUUUCUUGAACAACUUAUAAAUGAAUUAGAAUCUGAUAAAUCAGCUACAUAUGAACCAUUAAAACGAAUGAAACAUAUUUUUUACGGUGGUGCAAGUUUAUCAGACCAUAUCGCGCGUAAAUUUGUUGAAAAUGGAAUUCGUAUUACUUCUAAUUAUGGAGCAACAGAAACUGGUAUGGUGAUGAUGAAUAAUUUGAAUUCACCAAUAACACGAUAUAAUUUUAUGAAAAUUGCUGCAUGUCGAAAGCCUUUUGUUAUGAUUAGACCAGAUGAUCAUGUUUUGGUACAUUUGCCUAAUGAUCCAUUCUGUCAACCAGGUAUUGCUAAUCAACCUGAUGGUUCUUAUUCAACAAAUGAUGUAUUCAUUGAAGAUCCACCUGGAUCUGGUGAAUAUCGAAUAGAAGGUCGUCAAGAUGAUACAUUAAUUCAUGUAAAUGGUGAAAAAACCAAUGCUCUACCUAUGGAACACAAUAUAUGUGCUUCUCCUCUUGUAAAACGAGCUGCUGUUUUUGGUCAUAAACGUUUAUGUACUGGUGUCUUGAUUGAAUUAAAUCGAGAAGAAGCUGAAAAUUAUUCCAAUGAUGAAAUCUCGGAUCUUGUUUGGGAAGCAGUUCAAACAGCUAAUAAAACAGCACCAAAUCAUUCAAGAAUAGUUCGUCAAAUGAUUAAAUGUUUACCUAUGAGUAAAACUUUAUCUAUUACUGAUAAAGGAAAUAUAAUGCGUAAACGAAUUUAUAAUGAUUAUGCUGAUGUAAUUGAUAAACUAUAUGAAAAAUUUCUUAAACCAGAUCAACAAAAUACAGAAUUAUCAAAAGGAAAUAAUAAACAAGAAUGGAAUCAAACUUCACUUAAAAAUUAUAUUCUUGAAUUACUAACUAAAUUAAAUAUAAAAUAUUCUGAUGAGGAUUUUGAUACAUCAAGAUCUAUAUUUGAUGUUGGAUUUGACUCUCUUCAUGCUGUUCAAUUACGUAAUGAAUUAACUUCGAUAUUUCCUUCAAUUCCAUUAAAUUUUAUAUAUGAAUAUUCAACAAUUGAUUCAAUGGUUGAUGAAUUAAUUUUAAGAAAUAAUAAAAUAAAUACAAAAUCGAUUAAUAAUGAUCCUAAACAUUAUGUUCUUACGGAAAAUUUAAUUGAUAGAUAUAUUAAUUUAAUGAAAAAUGAUUCAUCACCAAUAAAUCCGAUUAAAAAAAAUAAUAAAGAACGAAUUUUUUUGAUUACUGGAGCGAAUGGUUCACUUGGUUCAUGGAUUGUUCUUGAUUUAUUAAAACAUGAUUCAGUAUCAAAAGUCUACUGUUUCUUCCGUGGUCAAGAUAAAAGUCGGAUUAUAAAAGAAUAUGAACAACGUUAUCAAACAACUGAUAUAUUCAAAGAAAAUAAUAAACGUGUUGUUCUUCUUGAUAAUAUGUCAUUAUCCGAAGGAUUCUUAGGACAAGAUUAUGAUUUAUAUAAUCAAUUAUGUAAUGAAGUUACUGAUAUUGUUCAUUCAGCAUAUCGUAUGGAUUUUAAUAUGACUGUUCGUGAUUUUGAAAAAGAUGGUAUUCUUGGCACAUUUAAUCUAUUAAAACUAGCACGCAAAGCAAAUGCUCGUUUUCAUUUUAUCUCAAGUGUAGCUUCGUCAGGUUCAGGUAUUAUACCUAUUGUUAAAGAGGAACCUCUUAUUCGACGACCACAACUUCCAAUAGCACAAGGUUAUGGUCAAAGUAAAUAUGUUUGUGAACAUCUUGGUGCUGCAGCUAAACAAUUAUGGAAUUUACCAGUUGAUAUUUAUCGUAUUGGUCAAGUAUCAGGUGAUAGUAUAAAUGGUGCAUGGAAUACAUCGGAAAUGGUUUCAUUAAUCAUCUGUAUUGGUGGUGGUCAACUUGGUCAAAUGCCAAGUCAAGGUCAAGAUGUACGAUGGAUUCCAGUUGAUAUUGCUGCAUUAUCAGUUGUUGAUAUAGCAUUACAGGAUUAUGUAAAAUCUGAUGAUGUACAUCAUGUACUUAAUCCUCAUUCAAUAACAUGGUCAACUUUUCUUGAUUAUCUUAAAAAAGCUGGUCUUCAUUUUCGAAUAGUUAAUCCAGCUGAAUGGCUUGACAUGGUGUUAAAAUCUGAAACAGCUUUAGUUAAACUUUCAUCAUUUUUUGAUACAUUUUUUACAUCAAAAACAGGAUUUCAAAUAUCAGAAUAUGAAACAGUUAAAACUGAAGCACGAUCAAAAUAUUUACAUUCAUGUCCAACGAUUAAUGUGGAUUUAAUUCAUAAAUAUCUUAAAUUUUGGCAUGAUACCGGAUUUCUUACUAAUGGAUAUCCAUAA